AUGUUAACUAAAAUUGUUGGCGGAGAGUCAGCCGGUACAGCGACAUGGGGUUGGACUGUAUCCAUAUCCAUUGCUGAUAGAUAUUUAUGUGGCGGAUCGAUUUUGUCGAGCUCAUGGAUAAUUACCGCAGCACACUGUGUAAAAGAUGCUAUAGCAUCUGAAAUUACAAUCUAUGCCGGUUCAAAUUUUCGAUGGGUUGGAAGUGAAAGUCGGGUGGUAUUGAAUGUUCAUAUACAUCCAAAUUAUAGUUCAGUCGGUUAUGUUAAUGAUAUUGCUUUACUUCGUCUUACUUCUCCACUGACGAUGAAUGAUCCUAAUUUGAGUACUAUAUGUUUAAAUUUUGUUAAUUCAACAGUAUUAAUGACAGAAGAAUGGCCACCGGCGAACACUACAGUCGUAGCGGUCGGAUGGGGUACUUUGAAUGGGAUUGGUUCAUCACCAACAAAUCUUCAGCAAGUUUCUUUAGAAAUUAUUGAUCGCCGAGCAUCGACUUGUAAUAAUUUAUUACAUGAUUGGCAAGUUCAAUUAUGUGCUGGUGUUCCUAAUGGUAACAAAGGUUAA